AUGAUUCGAAAACUACAAUCUGGAGCUGAAAAGCAUAAUAGGAAAAAAAGAGAACAAAGUUUGAUUCAGUCCCAAAAAGGUGCUUUAGAUAAAUUCUUUAAAAAAGACAUCCCCGCACAAUCUUCAAAUCCUUUAGAGGAACAAACUGUUGAUUUUGAUGAUGUUGAACAUGUAGUUAUUGAUGAACCAGUAGGUGUUAAUCAACCUAUAGAUGUUGAAACUGGAUUGAUAUUUUGGCUUUACCCUAAAAGAGAUUUGAGCAUAGUUAAAGAUCCUAAAAACACUGUUAAUCGUAGAUUUUUUUCGGCUUUAUAUGUACGAUAUUUGCCCAAUGGUGAAGCUUGUGAUAGAGAAUGGCUUGUUUACUCAAAGGAGCUUGAUAGAGUGAAAGUUGAUGAUACAAGUGGUGCAGGAAUUUUCUUAGAGUUGGAAAAUGUACUAAAAUCUCAUGAUCUUGACAUAGAUAAUGUGAGAGGUCAGGGAUAUGAUAAUGGGUCGUAA